UUAUGUGCUUGUUGAAUACUUUAUAUACCUUCUAGGCCACCGUAGUUCUAUCUAAGGAGUUCCUGUCAUGGCCGUCAUGGAAAGUGUUUACCAGUGGAUUUUUCAAUAACGUGUCUUAGAAAUCAUAUGAAAUGGCAGCGGUUUUCCUGGUGACCUUGUAUGAGUACUCCCCAUUGUUUUACAUAAGUGUGGUUUCUUUGUGUUUCGUUGUUACCGCCGCCAUGGUGAUGGGCUGGUUUGGCUUUGAUGUCCCAGUGAUCCUUCGCAGCUCUGAUGAAACAGAGUCCCAUCUACCAACCCCUGAGAAGCAAAUGGUUCAGAUGACCAAUCCUUUCACCCUCGAGUUGGGAUCUGGGCCGGCAUCUGUCACUGAUGGUGUCUCAGUGAGACCUUGCUGUCUGGAGCCCUGUGUCCUGAGCUGUUUCUGGGGCUGUAAGGUCAGUGCCCUGCAGGGAGCACUGCAGGCCCACCAACACGGCCUGAAGCUCAGCACCCCCCAACAUUUUCUGGAGGCCCUGCACCUCCACUAUCACAACUACCAAAUCUUCCAUAUCGGCAAUGAAGAUAGAGUGGAACGCCACACACAUAUUCCUGCUGACCAUGAGAUCAAAGAUUUUGGGCUGUUGCCAAGGGAACGCUACCCUCUUGUGGCUGUGCUGACGCUGGCAGAGCCAGAAGCCAGAGACGCAUACAACAUUGUGGCUAGUGUGACAGUUAUUCAUGUUCCUGAUGACAAAUACAGCCUUUCUGCACGGGUUCUCUUUCAGUACCUUCUCACCUCACAAGGGAACAUGUACGAGUUAAAGCCUCUCUUCAUGUCAGCUGCCAGUAGGGGGGCAUCUGAGCCCUUCGACUCAGAACAGAAUACCCAACCCAGUGAACCCAAUGACGAGGCCAGCAGAGUCGAGCAGAGUCCAGUGCUGGAGGAGGAGGAGGAGAAUGACUGGUCAGAGGGAAAGGGCAGAGACUGUGUGGUCUGUCAGAAUGCAGCAGUGAACAAGGUGUUGCUGCCCUGCAGACACGCCUGUGUGUGUGACAGCUGUGUGUCACACUUCCAGCACUGCCCCAUCUGCAGGGCCUUCGUCCAGGAGUCCUUCACCCUGACACAGGGACCAGCUGCAGAACAGUGACUUCAUACCGAACCAGUGAAUGUUAUUUAAGAAAUAAUUUGCAGGAAGACAGGCAUCAUUGCAAAGUAAUCCCUGACACCAAAUCUUGAUCUUGAAAUUAUUUUACAUCCAACUAUAAUGGAU